AUGAGAUUUGACGAUUUUUUAAAAAUCGAUAAAAAUGUAGACUGUGUAAGUAUUGGAAGAUGGUUGCUGUUGAAACUGAAGUCGGAAAAAUUUGAUGUAAAACAAUGCUUAACAGAAGAAAAUUGUGAUGGAUUUUAUAAUUUUGACAACGAUGUGAUUCCUCCAACAAUAUAUGUACAUGCUAGAUAUUUUCCACUUAAAUGUAAUUUAGCAUUUGGCGAGGUUGUUGUGAGUUUUUUAUUUAUCAUGGUCAAAGUUAAUUGUACAAUAUUUCAGAUUGCGAUUAGAGUUAAAAUCCAAGUGGAUGAAGCUAAAAAAUUGGUAUAUGAUUGUUAUGAAAUUAAUCCUUCCCAUAUUAUUGAUGUAAAUAAUUUGAUGAAAGACCGAUUGAUUCCCAACAAAAUGUUUAUUUUUGAGUUACAAGCAAGUAUGGCUGGAUGGAUUUUAAUCAAAGUUCAUGAAUAUCAAAGAUAUUGUGAUGCUCUGGAUGAUCCUUUUGUUUCUUAUGAUGUAUCAUAUUUGGAUCAAACUAAUCUUACUUCGAUGUUAACUAAAUAUCAGAAAAAGUACAGAACGAAUAUGAUUGAAACUCCCAAAGUUGCCGAAUCUUCUAAUCAUACACAACCUAAAUUAUCUCGUCGACGACAACCAAGUAUUGAAGAUAUUCCCUCAACAUCAUCCGAUUCACCAUCUCCAACAAAUAAAAAAUCACCACCAGCGAUAAAAAUUGACGAAAAUUUUGCAAUUUCUGAUAUCGAUGAAAUGAACAAUAUUAUCGGAGGAAAUGGAUUGAAUGUAACACCAGGAAAGAAAAUACGGGAUAAAUUUAUGAACGAAGUAGGUGUGAGAAAUAAAUCUGAUAUGACGGUUAUCGGAGUUGUUAUUCAUAAAACAAAUAAAUAUGCAGUUUUAUUUAUUGGAAAACCUGGAAUUACUAAUGCUUUAUUAUUAUUUGAUAAUUGUACAGGGUGAGUAAUAAACAAACGAGAUAUUGAAGUAAUUAAUUUAUUGAUUUUCAGAACAUCAAGCAAAACUUUGAAAAGUGGAGAUUUUGGAUUAUUUGAAAUCAGUCAACGAAGACCACGAUUAGAUGAUCCAUUCAUAUUUCAUAUUCCAUUUUCACACAUCGUGACCAGAAAAUUUGAGACGACGACAGAUAUUUCAAGACGUAUUGAUAAAUUUCAAAAAGAAAUUACGAGUUUCGCGGGUAUUUUGCAAUGGAAAGUCGAAGCUGAUUUAUCAAAACUUCAUGUAAUUAGUCCACAUUUCGACAAUUCUGAAAUGAAAUCAAUUUGUGGUUCAAGAUUUUAUAUUAUCAAAGCGAAAAAUGGAUUAUAUGUGACCAUUCCUGUGACGAGAUUACAACGGUAUUUGAAUUCCAAAUUCACAGCCGAUUUUGUUAUUCAGUAAGUUUUCGAUAUUAUUUUCAUGGAAUUUUUCAAAUUGGCCCAAAUUAUAUUUUUUUCCAGAGCAUGGGCUGUACAUAAAAAACCAAUUGGUGAAUAUAUGUUUCAUAUUGGCGCUACUACAGAAGUAUUAUGUAUCAAAAAAGACGGGGAAAAGUUUUUGUUGCCUCCUUUAUCAGAUGGUGCUAUUCUUGAUUAA